ACAGCUGUCAGUCAUGUCAUUUUCUUUCAAGAUGGCUCCUACCCGGAGUAUUCUGGGAUUUUUGAACCCCAAAGCGAUUACCGCUGUAAUUUCUAGUAAUUUAUCUAAAACACCCUGCAGAUUUGUUCAUAAGUGCAGUAAUUAUUGUGACCAAUAUUUGGGUGCCCCGGCUUUGUCCGGUGCAGUUUUAGGUCGUAAAGAUUUUAGUCAUGUUUCGGUCAAAAAUUAUCGGUACAUUCAUACUACAAACAGUGUAAACGCUCGUGCUGAUUACUAUAAAGUGCUCGGGGUGGCUAAAAACGCUUCAGCCAAAGACAUCAAGAAGGCGUACUAUCAGCUGGCCAAAAAGUACCAUCCAGAUGCAAAUAAGUCUGACCCUGAGGCUUCUAAGAAGUUUCAAGAAGUUUCUGAAGCUUAUGAAAUCCUCUCAGAUGAAAACAAGCGCAAGCAAUAUGAUACAUUCGGCACAACAUCAGAACAAAUGGGCAUGGGUGGAGGUCCAAGUGGCCCUGAUGGUUUUACUCACCAAUGGCAGUACAAGUCCACCAUAGACCCUGAGGAACUGUUCCGGAAGAUAUUCGGUGAUGCUGGGUUCAAGAGUGAGGCAUUCAGUGACUUUGCAGAGAGCCAGUUUGGGUUUGGUGCAGCACAAGAGGUGAUUGUUAAUCUCCGGUUCACUGAAGCAGCUCGUGGGGUGAACAAGGAUAUUAACAUCAAUGUGGUGGAUACCUGCCCAAAGUGCCAGGGCUCCCGCUGUGAGCCAGGCACAAAGGCCAUCAAGUGCACUUACUGCAGUGGAACUGGCAUGGAAACUUUCUCUAGAGGUCCAUUUGUGAUGCGUUCUACAUGUCGGCACUGUCAUGGCACCAGAAUGCUGAUUAAAUUCCCUUGUGUUGAGUGUGAAGGAAAAGGCCAGUCUGUCCAACGCAAGAAAGUAACAGUGCCAGUGCCGGCCGGCGUCGAGGAUGGACAGACGGUCCGCAUGGCGGUCGGAAGCAACGAGAUCUUCGUCACCUUCAAGGUCGAGAAGUCGGCUUACUUCAAGAGGGACGGGCCUGAUGUCCACACUGAUUGUGCUAUUUCCGUAUCGCAAGCCCUACUAGGUGGUACUGUGAGAAUACAAGGGUUAUAUGAAGACCAUACUAUCCAGAUAAUGCCCGGCACAUCGUCCCACACUAGUAUCCGCCUGUCCCGCAAAGGCAUGAAGAGAGUCAGCCAACACGGCUAUGGAGACCAUUAUGUACACGUCAAAAUACAGGUACCAAAGUCACUGAGUGACAAACAGAAGGCGCUGGUGUACGCUUACGCGGAAUUAGAGGAGGACACGCCCGGACAAAUUCACGGCGUCUCGUACGACAGAGACGGUAAGAAAAUAUCAGUUUCUGAUCCCCAAGACUUGGUGGACGCCGUGAAAGAGGCGAUCAAGGACAAGAAGACCAUCGAGGGUAGUCAAGACACGCCCGAGACUCCGGACGAUGACGUCAUGAAGGAAUCCAAGAGGAGCAAGGGAUAGGUUAGGUAUUUUAUGUAAAGAUUUAGUAUUAGAUUGGCAGUCCACGGAGCGGGUUUUUUUAAAUGUGGAUUACGUGAAAUUGACUGAAAAUGGAGUUGGAGAAAACCAAGUAAUCACAAGUUUUGGGCAAUGAUUUGGUGUACCAAUCUUUUGGCGGAUUUACACUACGCGGAAAUUUGCCGAGUCAAGUCAAAAAACCAGGGGAGUGGGGAUGAAAUUAAUUAAGGCGGUUAUCAUACUGCGCCGCGCUCCGCCGCGGAGCGCGUGAUUUUCAUAUAAAAAAUCACGCGUGCGGACGCGUUGUCAGUGUGAAGUGCCGCGCGUGUUUUCUAUACAAACUGAGGUACUUGCAUACAAUGAUUAAAUCUGUCGCCCCGCGUUCCGCGGCGGAGCGCGGCGCAGUGUGAUAACCGCCUAAUUUUUCAUCCCCACCCCACUGUUUUUUUGACUUGACUUGGCUAAUUUCCGCGCAGUGUAAAAGCGCCUUUUUAGCGAUGGGACUUUUUUGAAUAGUGUUUGUCCGAAAUUCGACAACUAAUAAGGACUCUUUUAAAUAAAAAAGAUCUUUGUUUUAGAGCAGUGGUUCUUAACCUUUAAGUCAUGAGGGACCAUUUUAUCAAAUUUCUGUCUUGUCAGGGACCACUUUUCAAAAUCCUAAAAGGGGAGGUUGAUUUCUCGCCCACUGUGCGCCGUUUGCGUUAUGUUGACUCGACUCAUCACGUCACAUCACUUGUUUAUUACGAUGUCUUCGUGGACCACUUGGAGUGCCUCCAGGGACCACCAGUGGUCCGCGGACCACCGGUUAAGAACCACUGUUUUAGAGAAUGGAUUAAAAGAAUUGCCACUUUUGUCGUGACUUAAAGCUAUGUGGCGCCCUCUAUCAUCGAGUUAUUUUUCUUGUUGGAUGGAUAUUUUUAGAAGAUGGUUGCACUGUAAUUUUGUAGUUUCUUGGACUGCCAUUCUAAAGGGAGGAUGGUUGAAGAAUAGCCAAUUCCAAUUUUUAGGUCAUACAUUUUCGAUGUUUCGAAUUGGAUAUGUUUAUAAUUAUUUGGGUAUUUUUGUUUUACAAUUUCGAAUGCUGGAACAUUGUAACGUUAAUAUAAUACAUGUAGGUACACUCUGUGAUACAUAAGCUAAUUCAAAAGAUAUGUUUUCGUUUUUCGAUAUUAUUUUUUUUGGACUCACUAGAUACAAUUUAAAACGAAUAUAACGAUUAUAUUAUCUGGUUGAUUAAAAAAACAUACUCUAUCAAAAUACCAAAUUAUAAUAUGUUGCAAAACAUAAAAUAAUCAAAGAAAGCUGUACAUAGCCGUUGACUAGUUUGUAGGAAAUUAAAACAAUACAUUACAAUAA